AUGGUCCGGUUACCACUCCCACAGAGGCUGAGCUCGCAUCUGUCCGCCAGAAGCUCGAGCUCGACGCCCGGACAGAGCAGGAGUACCAGUCCUACGCGGUCUGUGGAGACCAAGCCUCUCUUGCUUAAAGUGUCCGUGAUUAAGGGACGAAAUCUCGCAGCCAAGGAUCGAGGUGGGACAAGUGAUCCGUACUUGGUGGUGACAUUAGGAGACGCGAGACAAUCGACGCCGACAAUCCCGAAGACACUAAACCCGGAAUGGAACGUCUCAUUCGAAAUGCCCGUGGUGGGCGUACCUCUGUUGGAAUGUAUCUGUUGGGAUCAUGAUCGAUUCGGCAAGGAUUACCUGGGCGAGUUCGACAUCGCAUUGGAGGAUAUUUUCGAGGAGGGGCAGAUCAGUCAAGAGCCCAAAUGGUACACUCUCAACUCGAAACGACUGUCGCAGCGUUCGAAUCGGAAGAAGAAGAAGGACAGCAACGUCUCGGGUGAAAUCCUUUUGCAGUUCUCGCUCGCCGAUUCCGCGAAUCUCGCCGCAUCGCCCUCGGACACAUACCGGAAAUUCAAGAGCCUGGUGUGCACCGGUGAGGAGGAUGAUCAGCUUGACCAGAUUCCGGCUGCCGAAGACCUCGACGACCUCGACGACCAAGAGACCUCCGACGAGACCGAUGAUCUGUCGAAGCCGGAGAUUGUCGAAAAGCGCCGACGGCGCCUUCGACUAGCUCGUUUGAGACGCAAGUCCUUGGCUGCACGAGCGUACCAAUUUUCAGGCUCGGGAAGUGGUGUCCAAGGUAUUGUAUUUAUAGAAAUCAUUCGGGUGACUGAUCUUCCUCCGGAGCGGAAUGUGACACGAACGUCGUUCGACAUGGACCCCUUCGUCGUUACUUCGCUAGGGAGAAAGACGCUCAGAACACCUGUCGUGCGGCACAACUUGAACCCGGUUUACCACGAGAAGAUGGUCUUUCAGGUCAUGAAACACGAACAGACCUAUACCAUCAGCUUCACGGUGAUGGAUCGAGACAAGUUUUCGGGCAACGACUUUGUCGCCUCUGCCAAUUUCCCUCUGCAGACCCUCAUCCAGUCGGCGCCAGAGGCAGACCCUGAGUCUGGUUUGUAUCACUUUGUUGAGUCUGAGGAACCGAGCCCGGUCCCCAAGACCACUUCUGGAUUUGCUGUCAGCCCGUCGCCAUCAUCUAAGAGUCUCUCCAAGAUGGGCCGGCCUACGUUGAAGACGCGUAACUCUGGAAAUUCCGUCUCCAGCCAGUCUCUUUUGUCGAUUCCCACCAAAGCUCCUCCCACGUCUGUCCCAGAAGAACCGAGUCAGAAUGUGGACAGCAGCACCACACUUCAUGUUUCUUCUACGCUUCCCCUUGACAAUAACGACCCCCCUCCCCCGACAGAUGAAGAAGGAUUCCGGCCCUACCUGAUCCCCCUGACCCUCAAGAACCGGGACAGAUGGGAGGACAAGCAUACUCCCGAGCUGCAUAUGAGAGCAAAGUUUUUACCAUAUAGUGCACUCCGACAGCAGUUCUGGAGACUUAUGCUGAGACAAUACGACACGGACGACAGCGGCCGCAUCGACAAGGUUGAAAUGACCACGAUGCUCGACACACUUGGAUCCACUUUGAAGGAAUCAACCAUCGAUAGCUUUUUCCACCGAUUCGGUGCCGGGAACGAGUCCAGCGAAACAGAAACAGCCGACUUGACCUUUGACCAAUCUGUGAUCUGUCUGGAAGACACUCUGCGAAUCCUACAAAAAAGAAAUUCCGUCAUACCAUCCCUUCCCCGAGGACCUGGACUUACACCAUCGUCAGUCGGAAGCCAAGAAAGUGAGGAGCCAUCCAGCAGCAGUGACGAGCUCGCUUUAGAAUCUAGCACAGUCUUGCCCCCCAAUACUGACCCGCACGGCACAGCUGUUCCAACCGUCUCUAGCGAUGAACAGCCCAGCUCGAACGACGAUGAAUUGCGGCCCGAUGACCUCGGAGAUGAGAGAGGCGUAGAACAUGUGGUAGAAAUUCGAGAAUGCCCCCUAUGCCACCAGCCUCGCCUUGGCAAACGAUCGGAUGCGGAUAUCAUCACCCAUAUUGCCACAUGUGCCAGCAGUGACUGGCGCCAGGUUGACAAUCUCGUUAUGGGCGGCUUUGUGACCUCCAGCCAGGCCCAGCGAAAAUGGUACUCCAAGGUCAUUACCAAGAUUUCCUACGGUGGAUACAAACUCGGAGCCAAUUCGGCCAAUAUUCUUGUCCAGGACCGGAUCACGGGCCAGAUCAAUGAGGAACGCAUGAGUGUUUAUGUUCGUCUCGGAAUCCGCUUGCUCUACAAGGGGCUCAAGAGCAGGGACAUGGAAAAGAAGAGAAUUCGUCGUGUUCUGCGUUCUCUCAGUAUCAAACAAGGACGGAAGUACGACGACCCGGCGUCCGCCAGUCAGAUCCGGGACUUCAUCAAUUUCCACCAGUUGGAUAUGUCAGAGGUCCUCAUGCCCGUAGAGAAAUUCCGCAACUUCAACGAGUUCUUUUAUCGCGCAUUGAAGCCCGAGGCUCGCCCGUGUUCGGCUCCUGAUGACCCCAGAGUCGUUGUGUCUCCCGCCGACUGCCGCUGCGUGGUCUUCGAUCGAAUCGACGAAGCCACCAGCAUCUGGGUGAAAGGCCGAGAGUUCUCCGUCGAGAGAUUGCUGGGCGAUGCCUACCCCGAGGAUGCUGCUCGGUACCGCAACGGCGCUGUGGGUGUGUUCCGCCUGGCGCCUCAGGAUUACCACCGGUUUCACGUCCCCGUGGACGGGGUGAUGGGAGAGCCCAAGACCAUCGAAGGCGAGUAUUACACGGUGAACCCGAUGGCCAUCCGCUCUGCACUAGAUGUGUAUGGCGAAAAUGUGCGAGUUUUGGUCCCGAUUGACUCUGUCGCGCAUGGCCGCGUCAUGGUCGUCUGUGUGGGAGCCAUGAUGGUCGGUAGCACGGUGAUCACUCGCAAGACGGGCGAAAAGGUCCGCCGGGCAGAAGAGCUUGGGUACUUCAAGUUUGGCGGCAGUACACUGCUGGUCUUGUUUGAGGAGGGAGUGGUCAACUUUGAUAGAGACCUUGUGGAUAACUCCAAAGGUGCCCUGGAGACCCUGAUCCGAGUUGGCAUGUCUGUCGGUCACAGUCCCGACAUGCCUCAACAUGAGCCGGACAUGCCGAAGAAGGCGGAGAACGUCACUGCGGAGGAGAUGCAAGAAGCCAAGCGGCGUAUUGAAGGCAGCCAGGGGCCUCCGAGCAACCCGGCCACGCUCGGCGCCACCAUCCAUUGA